AUGGGGGGGGAUGCAGCGGGGGAUGCGGGGGCAGCUCAGGAUGCGGGGGGCAGUGCCCAGGGAGCGGGGGACACGGCGGGGGAGGCUGAGGACGUGGGGGGCAGUGAGGGGGACACAGGGGGUGCCAGGAGAGAAGCACCAAAGGACGCCGGGGGCGAAGCGGGGGAUGCCGAGGGUGACACCGGCAAUGACACCGGGGGUGAUGCCGGGGGUGCUGCGGGUGACAGCGGGGGUGACAGCGGGGGUGAUGCCGGCAGUGACACCGGGGGUGACAUCGGGGAUGCCGGACGUGACUCCGGGGGUGAUGCCAAGGCGGUGGCAGCCGCGGGGGCUGCUCCGGGGGGGCCGCAGGAUGCGGCUGGGCCAGGGCCGGCAGCAGCAGGGAGCACCCCGCGGCGGCAGGAGCCGACCUGGAUGCAGGACGAGGAUGAGGAGCUGUGGCCCGAGUUCCCUGCCAGCAGCCCCACGUCCCCCCUGUCCCCCACAUCCCCCCUGUCCCCCACAUCUCCCAUGUCCCCCACACCCCCCCCGUCCCCCACAUCCCCCAUGUCCCCUACAUCCCCCCUGUCCCCCACAUCCCCUAUGUCUCCCACAUCUCCCACAUCCCCCACAGCUGGCACCACCGAGGGCUUGGGGGGCAGUGAGAGGGGUGCUCCAACGGGGGGGCCACGGAGCAAGGUGUCCCCUGGGCCAGUGGGGCAGAGGCCAAGGCUGGAGGGAGCCGUGGGGAGGCCACGUUCGAGCACCCGGGCCCACGGGCGCAGCGCCAUCCUGGAGAAGUUUGGAGGGGCAGCCACGGGGCCAGCCCCACACCUGAAGCGGGUGGGGGGCACGGCCACGGUGAAGGCGAUGCUGCUGGAGUGGUGCCGCGCCAGGACCCGCGGGUACGAGCACGUGGACGUGCAGAACUUCUCGGGGAGCUGGGGCAGCGGCCUGGCCUUCUGCGCGCUCCUGCACAGCUUCUUCCCUGACGCCUUCGACUACGGCAGCCUGGAGCCGGGCGCGCGGCGCCACAACUUCACCGUGGCCUUCACCACCGCCGAGGAGCGGGCGGGCUGCGCCCCGCUGCUGGACGUGGAGGACAUGGUGCGAAUGGCGGUGCCCGACGCCAAGUGCGUCUACACGUACCUGCAGGAGCUGUACCGCUGCCUCGUGGCCAAGGGGCUGGUGAAGACCAAGAAGCGCUGAGCGGGGUCCCCGCUGUCCCCCCCCGGGACACCCCCUGCUGCGGUCCCCAACAGUAAAGGCUGUGGUGAUGGA